AUGCUGCUGGAAGACAUGCUUAAUCACCAAACAAAGAUCCCAACUGAGUGGCACACCUCCAUACGUAAAGUUGGUCAGAAAUUUGAUAGUGCUGCUGAAGUUAGAUUAGCACUUCAAUACUAUUCAAUUGCUAAACGGUUCGAGUAUGAUUUUUACCACAAUGAACAAAGGCACAUAAGAGUCUAUUGCCGAUUCAAGCACACACAUGGUUGCCCUUGGAUGUUGUUUGCUUCCCCGCUCAGAAAUUUGUCUAUCAUGUCCAUAAAGAAUUUUGAAUCUACCCACACCUGCGGUCAACAUGGAGAAAAUGCUGGCAACUUAAGGGCAUCAAGGAAGUUCAUUGCUAGCCAAAUACAAGCUGUUUUGAAGGUUAGGUCAGAUCUUCGUGCAGUUGAUAUCAAGAACGAUAUGCUCUCUAAUUUUAGCAUCAAGAUUAACUACAGUAAAGCGUAUGAAUCCAUGGUGCAUGCAACUAAUACAGGAAGUCGUGUUGUUAUUGAUGCUGAUGACAGGAGGUUCAGGCGAUUAUUCAUUAGUUAUAAUGCCUAUAUUGAAGGGUUCAUUGCUAGAUGUAGGCCUCUAUUGUUUUUGGAUGGAACAUUUAUUAAAGAUCGUUACAGAGGCAUACUACUUAGUGCUACUGGGGAAAAUCCUUACCAACCUCCACAUCGACUGAUAGUGAUUUCCGAUGCUGACAAGGGUAUUAGAGCAACAAUCGAGGAAUUCUUUCCAGAUGCAUUCCAUUCAAGGUGUGUUCUACAUCUAGUUGAGAAUUUCAAAAAGAAUAUGAAGGAUUUUGGGCACAAAACAAAUGUCGCGACUACGUUGGACGAGCUGUUACAAUCUGCGGCUUAUAAGUUCACAAUAUCUGAAUAG